AUGCAAAGUAAUAGUUAAAAUAAUAAUUAAAACUAAGAUAUUGUUGCUGAUUUAAUAUAAGAAAGAUUUUAAAAUGAUGUUCCAUCUUAUUAUAUAUUAAGAUGUAUUGAAGGACCUUUUGCAGGAAAUUUUAUUUAUUUAAAUUUAACUGAAGAAGGGGAAGUUAUAGGAAGUGAUCCAUAAUAAGACUAUACUCUAUAUAUUGAAAAUGCAGGCCUUUCACCAAUUCACGCAAAAAUAAAUUAUUAAUAAGAUGAAAAUGAUGAAUAUUCAUAUAUAAUAUAAGAUAUGUAAUCAGAAAAAGGGACAUGGAUUAAAGCAAGAGCAGGAAAUUUUAUUUCAAUUGAAAAUGAUAUGAUAUUUAGAAUUGAAGAUUAAUAAUAUAGGAAGAUAAUUUUGAUAUAGUAGUUGAAUGGCUUGCUAGAAUAGAAUUAAAAUAUUAAAUAAAAAAUUUAAAAGAAUAUAAUGUUAAAACAUUAAAAGAUAUUAAAAAUCUAACACCAGAAUCUAUAGAUGGAAGAAAAAGAAAUUUUCGCAAAAGUAAGAUGGUCAGGUGCUAUUAUAAACAAAAGAAGUGAGCUAUUUGAAGUUAGAGGUAUGGAUAAAUUCGGAGUAGAUUGUUCUAGUAAUUUAGAAAUGUAUAUUUCUUUUUUUCAAAAAAAGUAUUUUCUUUAUGUAUCUCCGAAAGCUCCUGGUUAAGUUUAUGUAAAAUUACUUCCUGGAGGAAGAUAUAAAUUAUAACCUGAUGAUAUAAUAAAUAUGGGCCAAUUAGAUUUUUAAAUUUAAAGAUUUAAUACUGGAAUGUGGUGUGAUAGGGGAACUAGAAUUACUAUGGAAGAUAGAUAUUAAGCUUAAUAAAAUAUUUAUCUUUCUAAGUAUUUCUCUAUGUCAUAUUUUGCUGUUUUUGAUGGACAUGGAGGUGAAUAAUGUUCAUAGUUUUUAUGUGAAAAUUUUUCUGAAAAAUUUAAAGAAAAUUUAAAUAAUGAUGAUUGUUUAGAUGAAACUAAUACUUUUUAUGAAUAUAUAUCGAAAAAAAUUGUAGAAACAGUAUAAGGAAUUGAUUAAGAAUUUUUUGAAAGAUAAAGAUAAAUUUUAUAAGAUAACAAUUAUGUUGAUAGUGGUAGUGCAGGAAUAAUAACUUUUAUUUUUGGAAAUAAAAUAAUAACAUCAAAUACGGGAGAUUGUAGAGCUAUUUUAAGUAGAAACGGUUAAGCAGUUUAACUUUCAGUAGAUCAUAAACCGUAUUUAGAAUCUGAAAGAGAAAGGAUUUUGAAUGCUGGUGGAACAGUAGAUAGUGGGAGAGUAAAUAAAAAAUUAGCUGUAAGUAGAGCAUUUGGAGAUUUUGUAUUUAAAAAAGAAUAAACUGGUGAUAAAGAUAUUAUUAUAGCUACACCUGAUGUUAGAAUUUGGGAUAUUGAUUUUUUAUAAGAUGAAUUUAUAGUUAUGGGAUGUGAUGGGUUAUUUGAUAUUUAUAGUAAUUAAGAAAUAAUAAAUAUGGUUAGAGAAAGAUUAACAGAAUAUCCUAUUACUGAAUAAGAUCCUUAAAAAGUAGCAAGAUAAUUAUGUUUAGAUGCAGUCAAUUAAAGUAAAUUAUAAAGAAGAGGAAGUGAUAACGUAAGUGUAAUAAUAAUAUUGCUUACUAGAGGAAUUACUUCUUUUGAAAAAAUGAUUAUAAAAUGA